AUGGCGGCGCCGGGCUGUGGAGAGCUGCGGCUGGGGGGGCCGGGCGGUGCCCCGGGGCCGCUCCCGCCGCUCCCCGGCGGUGUCCCGGGGCCAGGGGCUGUCCCGGGGCCGCUCCCCGGCGGUGUCCCGGGGCCGGGAGCUGUCCCGCCGCACCCCGGCGUGUCUCGGCGGCGCGGGCGGACGCUGCUGGUGCGGCACCUGCCCGCCGAGCUGACGGCGGCGGAGAAGGAGGAUCUGCUGCAGCACUUCGGGGCGGUGUCUGUGCGCGUCCUGUCGGACCACGGGCGGCUGAAACAUACUGCUUUUGCCACCUUUCCCAGUGAAAAUGCAGCUGCAAAGGCUUUAUCAAGGCUGCAUCAGCUGAAACUUUUAGGUCACACCUUAGUUGUUGAAUUUGCGAAGGAGCAAGAGAGUGUACAGGUCCUUAGCCAGCCUUCUGUGUCAGAGAAGUGUAAAAGUUCAGAAGAACCAGUGAAAGAAGAAGAGAAGGUAGAACCAAGCUGUGUUAAAAUAGAGAAUGGAAUUGCACCGAGCCAUGGCCUCACCUUUCCCAUCAAUUCCUGCCUCAAAUAUUUGUACCCACCACCUUCAAGUGCAAUUCUAGCAAAUAUAGCAAAUGCCUUGGCAAGCGUGCCCAAAUUUUAUGUCCAGGUCCUUCAUCUAAUGAAUAAAAUGAAUCUUCCUCCACCUUUUGGACCAAUUACUGCUCGCCCUCCCAUGUAUGAAGAGUAUUUACCAGUGCCUGUGCCACCUCCCCCAAUCCCACCUCUGCCUCCUGAAGAGCCUCCUUUGCCUGAAGAGGAAGAAGAGCAACUGUCUAGUGGGGAUGAAUCGGAAUACGAAAGUGACAAUGAUGAGGAGAAGGAGAGAAUGACCAAGUUGAUGGAAUUAGCAACCCUUCAGCCUAAGAGACCAAUAAACACGAAGAGACGUGGUGUUAGAAAAAAGCAAAGAAUUAAAGACUUACUGAAUGUUCCUGUGUGUACUCCCCACAGUAAUUUGCACCCUACACUGUCACCUUCAGAUGUCUUUGAGCAGCCGCAGCACGUAGGUCAUAAAAAAAUUGAGUUUCAUAUUAGUACUGACAUCCCAGCUGUUCUUCAGAUAAACUCAGAGAAAGAAGAAAAAAAUGAUGUUUCUGCAGCCACAGAAGAAAUCAAUAACACAGGCUUUGGAAGGAUUUUCCCAGCUCCUAGCUCAAAUGAUAAAAUGGAAACUGAAGAGGAAGAUGAUGAAAUACCAUCAGAAUUUAUUUCUAGAAAGGAUCUAGAAAAAAAUAGACUUUCUAGAGAAGAAAUGGAGAAAUUUUCUGUUUUCAAAAACUAUGAGCCAGGUGAUCCAAAUUGCAGGAUAUAUGUGAAGAAUUUAGCUAAACAAGUCCAGGAAAAGGAUCUGAAGUUCAUUUUUGGAAGAUACGUUGACUUCCAAUCAGAAGUGGAACGAAAUAUGUUUGAUAUACGUUUGAUGAAAGAAGGCCGUAUGAAGGGACAGGCCUUCAUUGGACUUCCUAAUGAAAAAGCAGCUGCUAAAGCACUAAAAGAAGCAAAUGGAUAUGUCUUAUUUGAAAAACCCAUGGUGGUUCAAUUUGCUCGUUCAGCUAGACCAAAACAGGAUGCCAAUGAAGGGAAAAGGAAAAAGUAGAACUCUGCACAAGAAACAUUCCUGCGUAAAUACUGCAGUAAUACUGUCAUGCAGAGUGUAUCCUUUCUUGUUGUAUCCUUUUUUUGUGCAAUGUUUCCUUUAGCACUCAACUACAUCGAAGUUUUCGUGUAGAGUAGGUGUGGGGAGGAGUUUACAUGUUUAAAGCUUGAGCUAAUCUGGUAAUUUUGAAAAGCUAAAGGUGCUUUUUCAGGGGGAAAAAAGAAAUCACUGAGUUUUCUGUGUUUUAUGAAUAGACACAUUAAAGGUUCUUAGUCUUAAAAGGUGGCCUCCACCUUUUUCUCAGAGGUCAUAUACCUUACUAAUUCGUGGUCCUAUUCCUUAGUGGAACAGUUCUAGCUCAAACAAGCUGAUGUAUGUGGAGCUGUGCUGAGCUCACACUGAGGGUGUCACUUUGUUUUUCUUAAAAUAAAUAUUAUUUAUCUGGAUCAUUAUAUGGACCAUUAAUAUAUAAAUAUAUUAAUAUGUUGGCUAAAAUAUGUUGCAAAGCAAUUCUUAAUAUUAAGGGGUUGACAGGUAUUUAGAUCAUUUGAUGAUUAUUGUUGUCCUGGUAUAUGAGAAACAGUCUGUAGUUGAUUCAGUUUAUACAUUCCUUAUUUUGUCUUUUUUGAAUAAAGAAUAAUAAUAUCUUGCAAUGAAGUAUUUGAAGUUGAACUAAGCUCAACUAUUAAUCACUGCUACCUUUUUGUUGGUUUUUUUUUUAGAUUGUUCUCUGCACUGAAGUAGUGUUGUUGCCAGUGACUUUUAAUUUUCUUGUGGGUUUCAUACUACCUUACUAUUUAACUUUCUGCAAUAUAAAAUUAAUACAGCCUGCAUCUAUUAAGUCAUUUUUUUUUCAGAUAUUAAGCACUUUUUAAAAUACUUUAACAUCUUUCAGUUUCGUUGUCCAAACAAAGUAUAACGCUGCUGUUUACUGGUUGUUCUCACUUUUAACAUGCCUUUGUGAUGUUCCAGGUCCCUUUGUGUUCCAUCUCUUUCAAGUAUUGCCAAGCUGGGGGAAGAAGCAGUGUAAUCAUCAGGACUCUUGAACUGUGCGUAGUAGCAUUUCUAAAGUAUUUAAGGCAGACUAUAAAUUGGCAGACUAUAAAUUUUCUCAUCUUAAAGAUUCCACAUCUUUAAAGUGUCACAAGACUUACAUGAUAAAUGUAUGUUAGUUUGCUUGUGAAAUCUAAUAAAUUAUUGCCUUUCUC